CUCGAAUUCCGCGCCCUUCCCAGAGCCACGUCUUUGUUCGGACUGGCUUCCACCGACCCCCUGAUGUCUCUCAAAGAGCGAAGCAACAAUCCACGUCAUCGGGGGAGAAGUCGAGCACUGCUGACGACUCUUUGAACUUGACACCCCGGCAGAUGCCAGCACCCAGGGUGCCCGAGCGACGGUCGAUGCUCCCGGUUGGCACCUGCCUGAGGACUGCCACGACAGAUGAUUCCUCAGGAUCAAACGCCGAAACGCGAUCGAAUGCCUGGACUGCGAGUAGCGAUGUGUCUCCUAGGACCCAAACACCACGAGGUCGAAACGCCAAAAUGGACAAUGGUCGUGACACUUUCCUGGUGGGAAGCAAUGCAUCUCCUGUGAGCAAACAGCUUGGUUAGGAUCCCAGACUGGUUGCGGAUAGGAGGAAGAUGUUUGAGCAGGGAGAGUCAUACUCGCCAUUCAAACCCACGAAGUCACUUUUGGAUCCUUCGGCUUUUCGUAUCAACCACCCUGGAGUCCCCUUGGUGCACUCACCACCGAAACGCUUGCCUGUAUCCAAGUCUUCAAGGCAGGCGAUGGCAUCGCCAAAGAAAACGAAGGCACCGAGCGACUCGCCCAAAACCGCAGUGGGGUUCAAAACACCAAAGCAGAGUUCUAUUGAUGAUGAGUCACCCACACAUGUUCGAUCACCCGGCAAAGACCAUAAUGAUCCGGCUUCGAUUUCAAAUUUAACACAGCGGCAGAAGCCUAGCGUCGCAAAUCUUCGCAAGUCUUUCGAGCAAAACUUGACCCAUGAGUCGACUGCAGUCGUCCCCGAAACCCCAACAAGGAACAAGGAGGGAUCCUCAAUCUCUGUCCGCCACUCCAACCGACAAAGCAAGGACCAGUCCCAUUCAUCUGAGUCGAUGCCACGAUCACCGGAGCAGCCACUCGAGACGCCCGUUCAACAGACGAAGCUUGAGGCGGCAACUCCGCCAAGUGCCAUGGGCAGAUCAAGACGGAUGGAGCUGAAGCAGAGUCUGUCAACCAAGUCUUCAGGGCAGUUCUCCCCCACACCGCCGUCCGUUAUCCCUAUACGACGUAUCCCGGCUACAGCUCUGCCCACCAGCACCCGAUCUCGCCAGCGACAGGCCAUGCAGAUGAGGUCCAGGACUUUUGAGAGACCAAACUCACUAUUUGAGCGUACACCCUCAUCUGUGCCCGGGCCAGUUGAGAAAGCGGAACCCGAGCUGCGACCGGAACCCGAACCUGAAGCUGGUACAUCGCAAGAGGUCGUUAGCAAAGGAUUUCCUCGCUCGAGUCCGAUACAUCCUCUCUUCUUGUCAAACACAGGCAGACAGGAACGUCUGCAACGGGAAGAACACCAGGAGAUUGAGCCGUUGGCAUCAGGGCCAGAGUCAUCUGCCGAGCCAGGCCAGAUCAGUCCCACUCGAAGGAGCAACGACAUCCAACCUUCGGUCAUGGACAGUAUACCUGUCGAAGUCCUCCCCAUCGCCGAUCCCGUCACAAAGUCUGACUCGACGACAAAACGCAGCAUGAAAGUGUCCGACUUGCGCCGGAUGUUCGACCGGCCUUCUUUUAGCGGCUCAUCACCAGGCCAUCUCAUGUCCUUGGCGCGUGCAACUCGAUGCACCCGUCCAAAUCUUGGCACCGAUCACUCAAACCCUGGCAAGAAAGACGCCAGUCCUACCACUUCGGUGUCAUCGGGCCGCUCAUCACAGAAGACAACGUCGGCACCUGAGCUGACGACCGAAAUUGCGAUUAAUGACUUCGCGGUCGAGUUCACCUCCAAGUCUGAGCUCGUGAUUGAACAGGACCAGUCGUCGCCCACGAAACCGCGAGCUCGUUUCGACAUUCCUGUUGGGCUAAAGGCGGCACCAAAGCCUAUUCCGAAGCAAAUGUCGCCCCUCAAAGACCGCAUCCAACUUUUCGAAAGCAAAGAUCAUGCAAGCCUGACGCAUGGUCGCGCCAAGUCGUACGACACCUCUCUUCAUACUAAAUACCAGGCUAAGGGCCGGAAGGGAGGCAGAAGCAAGACGACUACUAGCAGCUGGCGUCCGAUACGCGAUCGUGGGGCAAGAAUGUUACGUCGCAUCUCGAACUCUCUUACCCAGUCCGUAGAUGGAGGCAAUGACUCCGUCGACAGUGGGGAGGUUUCUCGUCGUCACACCCGCAGAGGCAAGAGUUCCGAGAAGGAAAAUGCCAAUCCAGUCCCUGAUGAGCAGCCAUGCCAGACUCAAAGACGCAGAUCGAGCCUUUUCAGUUACUUACACCAGCGCAGCAACCACUCGACCUUGGACAGCGGAACCCAGGUCUGGCAAUCGACCGGUCAAUCUACGGAGGAAGUGGCACAUGGAUAUCCCAAACGCCAUGACUCUACUCGCUCCCGCGGUGGCUCUAGCAUCGAUAUCAACGAUUCCCUCGUCGCAACACUGGAAACCAGCCGGCCCUAUCUGCGCUACGCGCGAUCGCCAAUCCGUCCAAGUCCCCUGUUCCCUGCUCUUCCGGCGCGCAAGAGCUUCCCUUUCUUGCAACGCUUCUCAGGUGGCGAAAACAAUAGGGGCAGUAUCGAAUUCGGCUUCGGACUAGACGGACAAGACUCGUCCAAGAUGAGGAGGGAAAAGAGUAGCAAUAUCCUCAGCAACCCCGACGCCGCGGCGGGUACAGAGGACCUACCUACUACCGCCGCCGCCGCCGCGGUCGCGGGGCCAUCGUCGGCAGGGCAGCAGAACGCGGCAAAUGCUCACACACCCUACCCGGCCGGCACAGGCAGUGGUUCUGUAAUCGCUACCCCUUCCCCCAUCUCCACCGCCACCGCGCGCGAGAAACGCAAGUUCUCCCGUGAGAAGCGUAAAGAAGCCCGAGCACUUCGAAAAGCGGGCCGGCGGGCUUCGCGGGAGGCGCAGAAACAAUCCGCCCAUGCCCAGUCCCACUCUCCGCACAACCGCAACAGCCAAAAAAAUAAUCAAGCCUCAAAGUUGACACAGCAACAACAGCAAAGAGAAAGACGCUGGGGCGAUUACACCGCGAGCGGCUUUCCCGUCCACCCAUCCAAACUAGGCUCGGGGACCAUCGCGGCCCCCAAACCGACUAAGCCGCAUGAAGUGAGAAGGAUUAUCGAAAAGUACAGGUGGAUGGAGAAGAGUACUAGCGUGUUGACCAUGGGGUUUUAUGGGAGGAAGGGGAGUAAGGACAGUCAAGGACAGGGACAGAAUGGAGAAGAAGGGAGUGCGAAUUCGUCAAGGAAGGCUAGUGAUGCUACCGGCAAGGGGAAGACGGCUGAGGGAAAGGAGAAGGCGCACAGUGACACGCAUUUACUCAAGUUGAGGCGAGGUCAUAGGCGAUGAUGCUGGGGAUGCAGAUGGAGAUGGAGUGCGGGGGAAGGUAGUGGGUUGUGGUGGGUGUUGAAGGUUUACUUGCUCAACUUGAACCGGGUGGCACUUUUCUUCAUUUCAAUCGGAUGGUGGGGAGGAAUGGGAGUAUUAAUGGGAAUACUGGCCGAGUAAGGUUCGCCUGACUGGAGAACGGGAUGAGAAGUGGGUGAGUAUUCCAGGCGCACACGUUUUAUGUGAGUAUUGGAUACAUCGGUUAUCGAGCUGGAAAUGAGCAGCAGGGCAGGGCAGGGUAGAUAGGGCAGCGCAGGUGCUUGCUUGCUUUUGCUUGAUAACGGAUGGAAUGGAGUGGGACGCUGGGUGGAAGGUAAUAGAAAUGAGAAAGUAGACGGGCUUAUGAGCGUGGUAACCCGGGAGUCGAAUACGAUUUUCGAUCAUUAUGUCAAUAAUUCAACUUCAUCAACCUGGCCUGGCCUGUUUUGUCGAUUUGAUCA